AAGUCUCGUCGACGAAAGUAGUUUACUGUGCGAAGCGAGUCGAACGCGCGAGUUCGAAUAGCGCGCGCAACAUCCGCUCUUCUUCUAUCUAUACUCGCUCGUGCAUCUGCUGCUUCGCCCGGAACUUAUCGCUUGUUUAUUGGCUGAUCUUUCCCGGAAGAGAUGACGGAAGCACCGAUUACACGGUUGUCAAACUUGUCGCCGUGAUCGGAGAUUGAUUCAUUGGUGCAUACAGGGGUUUCGGUGACCAGCUGAAAUAGAUCGCCCACGUGGGAGGACUUAGAAGUGUGGGACGAGUUCAAUUUCUGGACACAGGAAGAAUCGAUUCCUUGACGAAACAAGUUCAAUAAUAUCGUGUCCAGACACAAAAGGAGAUCGGAGGAUAUUUUCAAUGCUACUCGCCAGGUUUAUUUCGUUCGGUACAACCUGACGAGAAUAUAGAGGAGCCUCGGAUCUCCGAUAAUAGACGUAAACUUAUUUAUUUAUAAUCGACAAACGAUCGCGAGGAAUUCCUCAACGAGGAGACGUUUCUCUCCAGGAAAUAUACCCUCAUUCGUACGCGAGAAUCGCGCUUUUUACCUGACGAACGCACGCAUCGUCUCUUCUGGUCUGCCUUCGUCGUUCGUGAUUAACGCCAUGACGCGCAUCAGCCGUAGCUCGCUGGUAUAAAAGAACGGCAGAGUAUGCAUUAAACUCCGUUAUAGCAAAAACGUGAGAGAAAGAGAGAGAGUGAGAGAGUGAGAAAGCAAGGAAAAGAGAGAGGGAACGAAGCAGGGGGAGCGUUUCGAGUGGCCUAUUUGCCUUAUCACGAUAAAGCCUACGUCGGCGUUGCGCUUGGCUCGACUUGGCGCGACCACGGGAAACCGUCGUGGCCGGCGCGAGUGGAAUCAGGAAGAUUCGCUUCUUCCGAUCACCAUGUGAUCAGUCUCCUCGCGGAUCUGUCGUUAGGAUGAGUCCGAUGGCCACGAGAUCGCCAUUUUCGUCGUUCUCGUCCUCGUGCUCGUCGUCGUCGUCGUCGUCGUCGUCGUCGUCGUCGUCGUCGUCAUCGUCGUCGUCGUCGUCGUCGUCGUCGUCGUCGUCGUCGUCGUCGUCGUCGUCGUCGUCGUCGUCGUCGCUGUCAUCAUUAUCGUCCAAUACCUGUCAUCAAGAAUGAUUUGAUCGAUUCGCGUGAGACACCCUCCUAGCAACAAAUAUGGACGUGGAGCUGGUGACUCGAGCUUCGUUGAGUUCCUUGCACAAAGUGGACGACGGCCGCAUCGUUUCCCCUAACAGUCUCGACGAGUGGACGUGGUCCAGCCUGAGGAAACAAUUCAAGUAUAAGAGCCUGGAAAAGUUGUACACGAUUUAUCAGAGGAGACUUCAGUAUGGUUAUCUCUCGCUGUUCGUCUUACUGCAACUGGUGCUCAGAUUUACAUAUUGCCUGACUUUGAUCGGAAUGAUCCCGUUCGAGCAAUGCCUGCCGGAUGUCGUAGUCUACUGCACCGUAGGCGCCUUGCUCUGUCCAGUGAUCGCCCUGUCGUUCAGAUCGAAAAUUAUCGCAAAGAACACGUACUUGCCGGUUAUGCUGUCUUGUCUGAUCGUCGUGCUGCUGGUCAUCGGCGACUUGGCCAUUCCUCUGUUUUACACCCUUGCCGAGAAUAUCCCGAUAAGACCGGCGUACGCGACGCACGCGCUUCUCGCGUGUUAUGUAUUCCUACCGCUCACCGAGAAUCUGCACGCUUUCGUGCUCGGUAUUACAGCCACCAUGUGUUACCUGGCGACUCUGUCGUUAAUCACCUACCAAAACACGCCCGAUUACGUUACCAAGAUCAUCACCGACACGAUAUACUUUGUGUGCGUGAACGGGCUCGGACUAUACUUCAGGUUCAUGAACGAGGUCGUUAUUAGACGUUCUUUCUUGGACAGGCGGAAAUGCGUCGAGUCCACACUCAGGCUCAACUAUGAAAAGGACCAAGAAGAACAAUUGACGCGAAGUAUACUGCCGCAGCACAUAGUGGCGAAAAUCAAGAAAGACUUCAGGGACAUUUUCAAGUUCAUAGAGGAGCACAAGAAGCCACCUCCAAAAGGGAGGCCACACAAUGAUCUGUGGGUGGAAACGCACGACAAUGUGAGCAUCUUGUACGCGGACGUGGUGAACUUUUCCGGUCUGACCGUAACGCUGCCGAUACGGAAACUCGUAGAGACUUUGAACGACCUGUUUGGCAGCUUCGACGAGGCGUCGGAAAGACACAAUGUACUCAGAAUCAAAUUCUUGGGCGACUGUUACUACUGCGUGAGUGGCGUGCCCACGCCAAAUUCUCAGCACGCCAAGAGCUGUGUCGAUCUCGGCCUGGACAUGAUAAGAAUCAUCAACGAGGUGAGAGCACGAGUCCGUCGCGAGAGCGGCGUAGACGUAAACAUGAGAAUCGGCGUGCACUCCGGCAACAUAAUAUCCGGAAUCUUAGGCGCGAACAAGUGGCAGUACGACGUUUGGUCACGCGACGUGGUGAUAGCGAACAAGAUGGAGCAGACCGGCAAACCUGGCAAGGUUCAUGUGACUCAGCAGACGUUGGAUCUGGUGGACCGGAGCGAGUACGAUUGCGUUCCGGUCGAGACGUUGAACGAUGAAGUUCUCAAGAAAUAUGGCAUACGCAGCUACCUCAUCACGCCAUCCUUACCGGAAACGUCGGUCCAGCAGCAGCAGAACAGCGAGAACACUUUGACGGUUAUUAGAUCGGACUCACCGCCGCCGGCUAACAAGCAUUACGUCAAGUUCUACACGCGCUCCAACACCAACGUCAGCACCAGCUCCAGAACGAGUAGACGACUGACGUCCACGUCGUUGAACAAUCAGGCAGAUGUUUUCGCGGGCACGUAUAGGCGGCGAACGCACUUUAUGGACUCCUGCCUGCGAGAUUAUCACCUGAUGCUAAAAGCGGCAGACGCAGAAAUGGAAAAUGCCAUUAAUCAGAUGCCUCUCAGCAAGUGGGAACAGUGGAGCAGAUGGGAGCACAUAAAUCCGCUCUUCUUGACGUUUCGACAAUGGAGCUGGGAGAUCCCGUUCCUGCGCGAGCCGGAUCCUCUCUUCAAGUUCUACAUCGGCUGCGCCGCCUUUGUCCUACUCUUCAUGUGGCUUAUUUAUCUGGUGCCUACGUUCAUGUCCUCCGAAUGGCAUCAAUCUACGACCGUUGGUUACACAUCGGCAAUGUUGUUUCUGUUAGCUUUAAUGCCGCUCACGUGGAUGCACUUUGUGUGGAAUCGCUUCAAGGACCGGCACGACGAGCACGAGGGACACGUUCCGCAACCGCGAAACAAACUGUUGUAUUUCUUGUACCAGACUAGCGUAAAGGUCGUGUGGUGUGCCCUUUUAAGGACAAUCUUGUAUCUGGUGAUCACGAUAAUGCUGGCGGCAUGCGCGAUGUUCGACAUGAUAUUCGAAUGCGAAAAUGUCGAUCCAUCGAAUAACGCGACAUCCAGCGUGACAGCGGCUGGCGCCAGCAAGAUGGAAUGCAUAUCUACACCUUGGCAAAUGACGGAAACCUGCUCGUUGGCGAUUCUCACGAGCUUUCUUUUCUUGAGAGUCCACUACGCUUUAAAACUCGUGAUAGGUAUUAGCGUGGUGGCCUUCUACGCAUGGAAUGUCUGGGUGCACCGGUCGAAUAUAUUUCAGUCGGGCGACACGUGGAAUCCUCAGUUGGAUUCUAAAAUAGCGCAUAUAUUGAGCGUGGUGUUCCUCACGUUUUCUCUGCAUCUUAUCGAUCGUCAGGCAGGAUAUUUAAGCAGGUUGGAUUACCAAUGGAAACGUCAGUUGACGAAAGAACAGGAUGAAGCGUUUCACACGAGGAACGCCAACAAACUUCUACUGCGUAACAUCUUGCCGGAACACGUUGCGGAAUUCUACUUGAACAUGAACCGGAGCGAGGAGAACGAGCCUUACCACGAAGCUCACAGUAAUGUCGCCGUGAUGUUUGCGUCUCUGACAGACCUGUCGAUCGACGAGAGCAACAUACUGAUCGAUUUGAACGAGAUCAUCUGUGAAUUCGACAAACUGCUUUUCGAGCCGUACUUUGUGUGUCGUAUAGAGAAGAUAAAAGUCGCAGGCACAACGUACAUGGCAGCUUGCGGACUGGAAGCGAGCCGACGUGACUCAAUGCGUAGCACCGAAAGCGAUGGGAAUCGCGACGAUAACGUGGUCAAGGUAAUGGCACAGUUUGCCGUACAAAUGAUGACGGUGCUUGACAGAAUAAACGCGAGAUCCCUCAGCACAUCAAAGCCGCACAAAUUAAGAAUCGGAAUUUCUCACGGAGAAGUGACAGCUGGAGUCGUAGGAGCUCAAAAACCGUUAUACGAUAUUUGGGGCGAUGCCGUAAACAUGGCAUCCAGAAUGGACACCACCGGGCUACCAGGGAAAAUACAGGUGACCGCGGAUACAGCCGCCGUUUUGGAACAGCAACGUAUAAAGUGUCAUCUACGCGGUGAGACGUGGGUCAAACCAAAAGGAUACGUCACCACGUAUUUCGUCGGUGUCGACGAGAAGCGAACGUUAGAAAGGACGAAUUCCGUGGAAGAGACGUCGUUGUGACGAAAAGCGCACGAUACGAAUUAGUUUUAAUUGAUCAUGCUCGUAAUCUUUUGAUAAGUCGAUAAGUAGUUUAAAACAUGCAGGGUGUACAGACGGUUGUUCUCUCCACAUCUAUCGCAUAAUCGCGAUAUUUGCUUCUGAACGAUUAAAGAAAUAUAUCAAUGAUAAAGAAAGAAAAUAUAUUAGAAGGGAGAUUUCGCGCGCAAGAUACAUUAUGAAUUGACAAUUACAUUAUAUGCGUCACACACACACACAUACAUGAUAAUGACGAAAAAUUUUUAUUUCUAUAGUUAGGACAUGGGAACUGUGUCUCAAAACAAUAAACAAUUCACUAUGAGGUUUAUAACGGCACAUAUAAUAUUUAUCAUAUAAUAUUUGUCAUAUAAUAUUUGCCCGUGGAUUGAUAUGUACAUAUAUAUAAUAUAUUAAUAUAUCAACGUGUCCACAGUCUAAAAUAGAGUGCGAUGUUCUUUCGCUUUUUUUUUCAGCGUCGUUUGUCGAUACACAAGGAGUGACUCGCGUUACACCCUGCAAUGUUUGAGCGAGCGCGAAAAAGCGAAAAACCAAAGAAAGUGCGAGAGACCAAAGAACGCGAUGAACAAGAGAUAACAUGCGCGAAAGUGAAAUAACAUAAGAAAUACCUCAAAUCAUUUAUUCCACUCGGACUCGUGAUGUGCGUUAUUUCUCGCGGGCCACACUUAUAAUAAUAUUGCGCUGCUAAUCAAAAUAAAAGAGACCGUUUA